UGUAUUUUCUCGCAAAUGAUGAUGAAGAAGCCUAUCGUUUAAGUAGAUAUCAUGAGGCAUUAAAAGAUAUUUGGGGAGGACCGUUUAAUUCACCUGUUGAAGAGAAAUUGAGACAAGGAGCUCGUGUUAUUGAUAUUGGAUGCGGGACUGGAAUUUGGAUUUUGGAUAUGGCACAACAAUACCCAAAUUCAAAGUUUGUAGGAAUUGAUAUAUCUCCAAUACAGCCAACAGAAAAUCUUCCUCCAAAUGUGAAGUUUAUUCAAUAUAAUGUGUUAGACGGAUUACCAUAUGAGGAUUCGUCUUUCGAUUUCGUUCACGAACAAUUCAUGGUUGCCGCUUUUACGGAAUCACAAUGGGAAGAGAAAGUUAUUCCAGAAAUGAUAAGGAUAGCUCGGCCAGAUGGAUGGGUCGAGAGUCUAGAAGCUGAUUUAAUCACAUCUGGUGGAAGUACUACAAAGAGAGUUCAAAAAUUUAUCCAUAAUUUUAUGAUAUCAAAGGGAAUGAACCCUAUAGUUGGAAAAGAAAUUCCACGCAUUUUUGAAAGUACAAACGCGUUUUCAGAAAUCAAAACUCAACAAAAAACUAUAAAUCUUGGUAAAAAAUAUGGUGAAUCUUCGGAAGAGUCUCUAAAAUUUUAUAUUCGUGGUCUCAACUCUGUUAGAGGCUUUAUAGUGACAUCGAUGAAUAUAAUGCCCGAACAUUAUGAUGCUCUCGUCGAAACAAUAUCUAGAGAG